AGAAAAGAAACAAACUUUGAGAUAAAAAUUCAGGAAAGGUUUGAUUUUUUUGGUUUUAAACAAUCUCACCAACCUAGUAGUCUGAUAAGGAGGUGAAUAUAGAGCACAUGUUCAUCUUCAUCAUCAUGCAGCCUUACCAAGCUCUCAAAGAUUAGAAUUUGCGGUUGGGUCAUCUGUUAAGCUCGGUUUACUCUUCCUGGAACAUCGAUUGUAUUGAGGUUUACUAUUCAGGACGUUCUUGUAAUAUUGGGUCAAAGAUGUCUGCAGAGGAGAAGAACCUUAUAGAGAUCUUGGAGGAAGGUCACAAAGUAGAUGUUGUUAAGUACAUUGAUUAUGUCAGUGCCCCUCAAGCUGGUGCUAUAGCGACGUUCUCAGGAACUACAAGAGACAUGUUCGAGGGCAAGACAGUGUUGGAGCUACGCUAUGAAGCAUAUGUGCCAAUGGCCACACGAUGCCUCAGCUCGAUCUGUACAACCGCUAGAUCAACUUGGGACAUUCACAAGAUUGCAGUUGCUCACCGUUUGGGACCAGUUCCGGUUGGAGAAACUAGUGUGUUCAUCGCGGUCUCAUCUGUUCACCGUGCGGAUGGUUUGGAUGCUUGCAAGUUCUUGAUUGACGAGUUGAAGGCAACGGUUCCGAUUUGGAAGAAAGAGGUUUACACUAAUGGAGAGAUUUGGAAGGAGAAUUCUGAGUUUAUGGAGAAAAGAUUGGAACUUGCAGAGAAAAGAGACAGCUUAGUGAAGAAACCUGUGACUGAAGAACAUAAAAGAGGUUGCUGUGGAAGUAAAGUUAGAGUAGAAGAAGAUGAAGCAUAAAGAUAUUACAGGACAUAACAAAUCUUCUUCUUGAUUACUUGUAGCAAAAGAGCAAUGUUUCGUUUUUUCUCUUAAUAAACAAAAUGUCUUAAAGCACAUUGUUGAAUCUAAAAGACUUCAUAUUCAAAUAA